AUGCUUGAGGCUGCCGAGUUCUACUUUAACGUGGACCAUGGCUACCUGGAAGGCCUGGUGUGAUGGUGCAAGACCAGCCUCCUGACCCAGCAGGACUACAUCAACCUGGUCCAGUGGGAGACCCUGGAAGAUGUGAAAAUUCAUCUCCAGACCACUGAUUAUGGAAACUUCUUGGCUCAUCAAACAAAUCCUCUUACUGUUUCCAAAACUGACACAGAGAUGAGGAAAAAGCUAUGCAGAGAAUGUGAAUAUUUCCGGAAUCAUUCCUUGGAACCCCUGAGCACAUUUUUUACAUACAUGACGUGCAGUUACAUGAUAGACAAUGUGAUUCUACUGAUGAACGGUGCAUUGCAAAAAAAAAAACCUGUGAAAGAAAUUCUGGUCAAGUGCCACCCGUUGGGCCGUUUCACGGAAAUGGAUGCAGUCAACAUUGCGGAGACACCUUCUGAUCUCUUUAAAGCUGUUCUGGUGGAAACACCAUUAGCUCCAUUCUUUCAAGACUGUAUGUCUGAAAAUACCUUUGAUGAACUGAAUAUUGAAUUACUGCGCAAUAAACUGUACAAAUCUUACCUCGAGGCAUUCUAUAAAUUCUGUAAGAAUCAUGGUGAUGUCACAGCAGAAAUCAUGUGUCCUAUUCUUGAGUUUGAGGCUGACAGAUGUGCUUUUAUCAUCACUCUUAACUCCUUUGGCACUGAACUGAGCAAAGACGACCGGGAGACCCUCUACCCUACCUGUGGCAAACUCUACCCUGAAGGGUUGUGCCUUUUGGCUGAAGCAGAAGACUUUGAUCAGAUGAGGAGAGUAGCAGACCAUUAUGGAGUAUACAAGCCUUUGUUUGAGGCUGUGGGUGAUGGCAGUGGAGGAAAGACAUUGGAGGAUGUGUUUUAUGAGCGUGAGGUACAAAUGAACGUGCUGGCAUUCAACAGGCAAUUCCACUAUGGUGUGUUUUACGCAUACACAAAGCUGAAGGAACAAGAAAGGAGAAAUAUUGUGUGGAUAGCAGAAUGCAUUUCACAAAGACAUCGAACCAAAAUUAACAGUUACAUUCCAAUUUUGUAA